AUAGUCUCGCCUUUCGUCGAUAGACAUCAUUGCCUUAGCAAACGAGAGAAUGAUAUGAGAAGCGAGUCCUGCGACUGAGCACUCCGGAACGGACCCUGACAUGAAGACAUCACGAGAUCACGAACAAGUCCGACGGAGAUGCGCGGAGGACCCGGGAGUCAUCACUUUAGAUCGAGCAACCCACGAUUUGCACAGCAUGCGGUCGGAUAUACAUCUACCAAUGUCCUCUGUGGAUUUCUCUGAAGGGUCAAGCAAGGGACGAUGACUACACUCGCCGAUCGUCGAACGAUCUCGCACGUCCGAGCCCUAAACACACGUCGAGCGCUUCAUCAUGCCUUUACGACCGGCUCCUGCAUCUCUACGAAGCCCACCACCACCACGCUACUCAUCAGUCGAGGUUGAAGAUACAAAUGCCGACCUCGAUAGCCAAUUCGACGCCGAGGCGAAUAGCCAGACAGGCGAUGGCGACGAGGAGACGGACGUGGUGACUGGUCUCGAUGGACGUCCUGUUCGAGAUGAGACGAUAUUCGAGGCCUCUGGGCCGGGGAUGUCGUCGCGGGCGAGUAUGCGAAAGGACGGGAGGAUCAGCGUCAUCAUAAACUCGCACAAGAAGCUCCCCGACCUCCCACCCGACUAUGCGGUCGCCGUCAAGGAAUACGGGAUCGACCCAGCUCGACCUCUCCGCGUACCCAUCCUCAACAUUGUCAUAUUCAUCGUCGGAUCCCGGGGAGACGUCCAGCCGUACCUCGCUGCCGCCCUGACGUUGAUUAAGGACUACGGGCACCGCGUACGGAUAGCCACACACGAUACGUUCGAGAAAUUCGUACUCGAUCAAAAGGUGCACCUCGAGGGUAGGACGAGCCGAGAUGGAAGGGCUCUUGAGGAGCAACUCGAGUUCUAUGGGAUCGGAGGAGAUCCUCAGGAGCUGAUGGCGUAUAUGGUCAAGAACCCCGGCUUGAUUCCGGGCAUCUCCUCACUCACGAACGGUGAUAUCGGUCGCAAACAAGCAAUGAUCAAAGAGAUGAUGAAAAAGUUCUACCGAUCGACAUUCAUGCCCUGUCCACAGACCGGGGCGUCGUUCGCAGCCGAGGCGAUCAUAAGCAAUCCUCCGGCGUUUGCUCACAUACAUACGGCUGAAGCUUUGGGGAUCCCGUUGACCAUGUCGUUCACCAUGCCAUGGUCGGCUACGACAGCCUUCUCCCAUCCGCUCGUUGCCAUCGAGCAAAGCGAUACGCCUUCAGCGCUCACCAACUACUUGACGUUUGCCUUGGCGUCCGCUUUGACUUGGCAAGGGCUCGGUUCGACGAUCAACCGAUUCCGAAAGAAACGACUGGGUUUGGAGUCCGUUUCGUUGGCGUCCGGAGCUUCAGCCGUCGAUCGACUCAAAGUCCCGUACAUCUAUUGUUGGACGUCCGAGCUCAUCCCCAAGCCGAGGGAUUGGAUGCAAAACAUCGAUAUUACCGGUUUCCUCUUUCUCGAGAGUGCCGGGUAUCAGCCGAAACCCGACCUGGCCAAAUUCCUGGCCGAUGGACCGCCUCCGGUCUACAUCGGGUUCGGAUCGAUCGUCGUGGAAGACCCGACGGCGUUGACUUGCCUACUGCUCGACGCGAUCAAGUUUUCGGGAGUGCGAGCUCUGUUGUCGGCAGGGUGGAGCAAGAUCGGAGGAUCAGACGUUCCCGACGACGUGUUUCUGCUAGGUGACUGCCCUCACGACUGGCUCUUUGCCGAUGGUAGAGUCUCCGCAGUCGUCAUUCACGGGGGAGCUGGGACCACAGCGAUCGCCUUGAAGAAUGGACUUCCCGUCGUUGUGGUACCGUUCUUCGGUGAUCAGCCCUUCUGGGGCGCAAUGAUAGCCAAACGAGGCGCUGGGCCAGAACCGAUCCCAUUCAAAACCUUAACAUCCGUCAAAUUGGCGCAAGCGAUACAGUACGCCAUCUCUCCCGAAGCCAAACGAGCGGCGGUCGAAGUCGGUUCUGCCAUCCGCAACGAGGACGGAGCUCGCAACUUUGCAGACUCUUUCCACGCGCACCUGCCGUUGCUUCACAUGCGCUGCGACAUCGAUCCCGAUCGAGUGGCGGUCUGGUGGUCGGAAAAGUACGCCCUACGGUUGAGUGCGUUGGCUGCCGAGGCCCUCGUUCGUUCGGGCAAGAUCAAAGAGCGAGCUCUGAUACCCUGGCGCCCGAGCGAGUACGCCCUUCAAAUGCCAGCGACGGAUCCGAUCUCUGGGGGAGCCAUUGCCAUGCUCAAUUGCGUUACCGAAUUCGGUGAAGGCUUCUUUCGCAUCUUCAGCCUACGACCGGACAGGGGCUUGAUGCUCAUGACGACGGCACUCCCGAAAGCGUUGGCUACGACUCUGAUGGGUCUGACGGAAGGUCUCGAAACGCUGCCCUCUCUCUACGGUACAAAGGAAAGACGACCUCGAACCAAGAUUACCGGUGUCGGUAGCGGAUUCGUCGCUGCUGGCAAGGGGUUCGCGUUUGGAAUGUAUGAUGGCGUCACGGGACUGGUCCGAGAACCCAUUCGAAGCGCCCAGGCAGAAGGAGCGCUCGGUUUCACAAAGGGACUCGCUCGGGCGUCCAUCAACCUGGCCGUACAGCCGGCUGCAGGAAUGUUCGGGUUGUUUAGCCACCCCGUCAAGGGAAUCGGGAGGUCCUGCGCCACCGCUUUUCGAACAGAGCUUGGCGAGAAGGUCUUGCGCAAGCCGCGCUUGGAAAUGGGCAAACAGCAGGCAGACGGGAUCGCGGACGAGGUCAAGCAGGAGUACGUUCGCCAAUUCGACGAGCUCGCUCCGCACGUCAAGAAACGUAGGAAGCUACUCAAAGACGAAGCCAAGCGAUGGCUGCGGGACUUGGAAGUGGAAGCGGGCAGGUCCCGACAGGCGGGCGAAGCAAUGAUGGGCGGGUCAGAGGCUGGCUUGUAGGCUCGUCCCGGGUGUAGGUUUGGCUCGCAUGUGUACAUAAGACGCUGUCCUGUAACAGGACAACCCCUGGCGAGUCUGUGCGAAACAUGCCGACAAGGAAGCCAGUCCAUGUACAAAGUCUGACUAGCUGUGAGUUCCUGAAAACAAGGUAUAUAAUGAUGA